UCGCAGAUAUUUAUGAUUUAUUAUGUAAAAGUGUUUGUGCUAUCACGAUUCUGUGUGAAGCGUAUAGUAUGUUGUGAUAUGUCUUACUAGGAUUGACUAGAACAGUUACAAAACAUGAAACAGUUACAGACACCUGCAGGUUUUCAAAAUAUUUCCUUCUUCGGUCCUAUUAUUAGUUUAAACAAGCUUCCUUGUCACCUUCCCUACAUGGCACUCAAAAUGGCAUUGUCACAAAACCAAUGACUCGCAGCAUGAACACACAUUGUGGAAUGAGCUUUAUACUUCUAUUAGUCGUCCUCUUGAAAAAAGGCGUAUUUACGUUCACAUGUGGCUAUGCACACUACAAUCAAGAUAGGACUGAAUAUGAAAAUGUUUUUACAAAAAUCAGUCACGUGAUCAAUACUUCAAGAGAAUCAGACUUCACUAUUAACUUUGAGCUGUGUGAAAAUAAUACUUUGUCAAAUGGGUGCAAGUUUGUUUGGAAGAGUGAACUUAGCCAGCAGCACGUCAGAAGCUUGCGAACAAGAAAUGAAACCCGUUGUUCUUGGGAGCAUCGCAUCGUUAGCGAACACGUGCACAUGUUUGAGAUACAAAUUUCUCAACUGGUUAAGCGGGCUUUAAGUCUGAUGAAGCUCUCCAUAACCAAAAAAGGUUCGAGAGAAGAAAUUUUGAAGACAAUACAUAUCAACGUCUUGUACCCGCCGAAAGUCACAAGUUUGUUUGUGGGAGGAGAAGAGGUUUUGAAUACCCACCUUAUUGAGGAAGGUCUGCAGACUAAUAUUACUUGCUUAUUCGACAAGGGAAACCCUCCUGUUAUCUUCCGUUUCCGUGACAGCAAUGGGAAGGAAUUUGCUAAAAGUGAAGAUCAUCUCAGCCAUACUAUUUCAGUAGGAUGUCAAGAUGACUGGCCCACACUUCACUGUGAAGGAAGUCGCUCAGAGGAGAAUAAAUCUGUAUCUUUUCUUGUCAGGUGUCCUCCUCGGUUCCUUGAUCUCUCAAAGAAAAUCAUCGACACUGCUCUGCUAGAGGCGACAUCACUUCUUGUCCAGGCUUACACGGCAACUCACAGUGGAUGUCUCUUAAUAUCCAUGGCUGUAAAUAAUAACAACUCAAUGAAAGUAAACUGUACCCUCAGUGGUAACCCACCUGCUCUUCACUUACAGCUGCACCUUGGCAAGGAAAUCAGUGUGAGGCAAGGAGAUUGGAUGCUGGUUCUUCAAACUGAAGAAGGUUCUGCAAAUACAACAUUGAGCGUCACUGAAUCAUCAAGUAGGUAUACUUGUCAGAUUUAA